GAUGUUCAGUUUGGCUAAGUCAUCAGCUCUUUUAGAUUAUGUUAACGGAGUAUGUUCGGAAUUUUAUGACUCUUUUCUUAAUCGUCUCUAUCAGGGAAUAGCCAAAACUGCUCCCUCUCGAGAAGAUAUUCAAGGUGUCGGCUGGCUAAGCGGAUUAGCAGCAGGUAUUGACAGGGUUAAAGAAGAGGCCCGUAAACAAAACGAACAACUAAACCAAGAGUGCAGUCUUGUUCAGUCCGAGUACAAGCGGAUGAAAUCAGUUAUCGACCAAUUAAGUAAAGAAUAUGAAGAAAGCAAAGACAUUGACGUCUUCCGUCGUUAUGCCAUAUUAAAGGGAAUGAUCAAAAGGUGUAUUAUGCACUUAACUCUGUCAAAUGACGAACAAGUUCAGUCUCAAUUAGCUAAUACAAGAAUUCAAGAAGAGAUGAAAAAGAAAGAAGAACAACUAGCCGAAAUGACAAGCAAAGAAAUCAGUAACGAAAAUGAUGGGCUUCAAACCCAAAUAAAAGAAUAUCGAAUUAAAAUUAACAUGAUUAGAGAUUUAAUAUCGACAAUGGAAAGACGAUAUGAAGAAUCAAAAAGGUAUGUUAUGAUACAAAGAUAUGGACUAAUGAAGAGUAUGAUCAAAACUUUAAUUACUAAUAAAUGGAUUUAA